CCUAUACUUAUGGAAAGUAUGAUUCUUUAAUUGAACCGGCAACUGAAGUUUUGAAGCAGAUACCAAAAUUUCAACAUGUCUCCUCUAAGGAACCUGGUGAUCAAGGUAAUGGACAAGAUGAAGGAAGGGAAAGGCCCAGUGAUUUCAAAGACUGUUGCAGGAACUUUGUUUGUUGUGUUUAUCUCUAUCUCGUACAAUGUAAUGGAGAUCCAAAAACGGUCAUUGGAAGGGGGUGUUCUCAAUCCAACUGAUGAAGUUCUUAUGGCAAAUCGAAUUUUGGAAGCAUCCCUAAUGGGGUUUGCUCUAUUCCUUGCACUGGUUGCAUAUAGAUUACACUACUGUAUCAAAGAGCUUUAUCCGACAACGAGGAGAACAUCGGAGACAGCUGAAGAAAUGAAACUAAAGCCAGAUUUAAAGCAUCAUGAUCUUAAAGAACACCCAAAGAGGGCAACAGCUUCAAGAUGAACAAUUGAUGUUUAAACCUAGAGGCAUAAAGAUGCCUGAAAAAUUAGUGUCCCCUAUGAUACUCUCUUGCUUCUGGUAGCCUAAUCUUUAGGCUUGGGUUACUUUGAAAAGCAGAAAUAUGAACAUGUCUAAGACAUGGUCAUAUGUUAUGAACUGCUGCAAUUGUAAUUGCUUAAAUUAUAUGGCUACACAGUUUAUUACUGUUGUCUGAUGAUCCUGCUAACUUUGGUCUAUCUAACAUAUCAUGAAUCGAAAUUUCUUUUUCAUUUUCGAUUCAUUAAUUCUCAGAAUUUGAAUGAGUUUUACCCUGAGACUGGAAAACUGGUCUGCAAUGGACCCAAACCCUUCAGCUGAUGGUUUCAAAGAUGAUAAUUUUUCAACUUUCACAGCCUGGAUUAUGUUACCAGGCUUUUCCAUGGUUCUAUUACUCAUAUUAUUAUUAUUAUCAAACAAUGCUUUUUUUCUGAAUGUGAAAGGGUAAUAAUACCUAGUCUUUUCAAGUAAUUCAUCACCCACCAAAGAAGAAAUGAUGACAUUGUAAAUGGCUAAUGCUGAGUCUUCAUUUCUCCAUCAGUUGACUCAAACAAGAAUUGGCAAACCCUAACCUUGUUGGUCUCUCCAACUUUUUGCACCUAAAAGCCUCUUCUUUCUUUUCACAUGGGAAGUUUCGACUGUCAUCACGUAAGACUGAGAGGACUUGACCUUCCUGAUAACCCGGCUUUGUUACAACUUAAAAGUCAUUGCCCGAUACAAUAAAAUAAUGGAGUCAACCCCCCAUUCCAGUCUCCCUCAAGCACCCAAUGCUUCACUAUCAUCAGCUUUUCUAUAAGAGACUGAUGCAAUUAAUCAAGAUCAAGGGAAAACUAGGUGCAAUGUUUUGGACUUUGGACUUUUUAAUUUUCCACCAAAUACUCGUGUAUGACACAUAUCGGACGGACAUGGAUAUAAAGAUUGAAUGUCCAAAAACAUAACCCUCACUAAUUGGACAUUUGUUUUAUAUACUUAUAAAUCCUUAUUUUAUAUAAGGUUUCUAAUUUGGCAAAGUACAGCAAUAAUGAACUGCCAUAUGAUUCUUGUAAUUGGUGAGGGAGGUAGGCAUAUGCAUUUGCCUGGGAAGGGAAU